AUGUAUUAUCCAAUACAACAAAUAGGAAUAGCGUAUAACCAGAUACUAAAGAGGUCAUCGAGUCAUUCAUCAUGCCAACUAGUAAUAUUUGUUUCAUGUCUAAACAUUGAUGCAAUGUGUGCAACUAAGAUUCUUUCGUUAUUAUUUCGUAAGCAAUUAAUUCAAUCACAAAUAAUUCCUGUAUUUGGAUAUUCUGAAUUAAAAUAUCAUUACCAAAACUUAGAUGAAGAUAUUAUCAGUGUAAUACUUGUUGGUUGUGGUGGUAUAAUAGAUAUCGAAACUUUUUUCGAGAUCAAUCCCGAUGAUUAUUUAAUUCCUAACGACGAUGAAGAUUAUACUACCGAUAAUAUGAAUAUUAGUCCUAUAGAAACUAGUAAUAAGAGAUAUAAAAGAGAUAUAUAUGUAUUUGAUUCACACAGGCCAUGGAAUUUAGAUAACCUGUUUGGUUCGGAUAUUGUUCGCUGUUUUGAUGAUGGAACAGUUGAAGAACAUUUAAAUAAUCAAAAAGAUGCAUACCAUAAAUUAAUAGACUUAGAAAACCAACAACUUGCUGAAAAUAGUAAUAAUAAUGAUGACGGCAAUGGAGAAACUGAUACAGAUGAAGAUUCGACAUCAGAUUUUGAUGAUGUUACAGAAGAGGAUAAUGAUGAUGAAGAUGACUUAUAUACACGGAAAAGAAAAAAUAAGGAUACUAGUGAAGAUAACCUAACAGAUGCUGAAAUGAAGAAAAAACUUCGAAAACAACGAAAAAAGGAAAUAUAUACCCAUGAGAAAAUUAUAGAAAAGUAUUAUUCUCAAGGUACAACCAUUGUAAACUCUAUCUGCACCCAAGUUUACUCGUUACUUUCAGUUAUUGGUGAAACAAAUUUGCAAUAUCUAUGGCUGACAAUAUUAGGAGCUGCUUCAUUGGAUGCCUCAUAUCCUCAAAUUUUUAAUCGGUUAUCACCUCUAUUACAAGAUGAAGUUAAGAGGUUAUCACCAAACAGAUCUGCUUUGAAGACUCCUGAUACUACAUGCAUCAGUAUCCAACCAGAUUACUAUUUAUUUCUAUUACGCCACUCAUCAUUAUAUGAAAGCUUUUACUAUUCCAAUUAUGUCAAUGCUAAACUAUCAAUAUGGAAUGAAAAUGGUAAAAAAAGAUUGCAUAAGAUGUUUGCCCAUAUGGGAAUUUCCCUAAACGUUGCCCAGGAAUCUUGGCUAUAUAUGGAUAAUUCAGUUAAACGCGAUUUGGGUGUCAUCUUUGAUAGAAAUCUUGAUAGAUAUGGCCUGCAGGAUAUUGUAAGAGAUGGGUUUGUGCGAACCUUUGGGUACUGUGGCUCAAUGAGUGCCUCAGAAUUUGUAGAAGCACUAACAGCUCUUUUAGAAGUCGGAAACGGUUUGGAACUUGAUACUAAUAAAAUGACAGUAAAAAGUGGCAAUGAUACUAACAUGGCGAAUACAAUAGAUGAAGAUAACGAAGAAAACAAACAUUUAAAACAUAAUAAUGUAAAUUCUAACGGUAACACUGGUAGACCAGAUGAUAUACUUUCAAAGGAUCAAAAAAAAUGGAUUUCUAACUUUUGGUUAAGUUGGGAUGCCCUUGAUGAUAAGAAAGCUGAUAUAUUAAAUGAUGGUAUUAAACAUGCACAAGUUCUCCAACACGCUAUUUUUAAUACAGGUGUUGCUAUUUUAGAUAAAAGAUUAUUGAAGAAUUUACGAAUUUAUCGUUUAUGUGUAUUACAAGAUGGUCCAGAUUUACAGUUAUAUAAAAAUCCAUUAACCUUAUUAAGACUUGGCAAUUGGCUAAUUGAAUGUUGUGCAGAAUCUGAAAGUAAUCAAUUAUUACCUAUGGUUCUAGCUAGUUUAGAUGAGGCAAAUGAUACUUAUUUGGUAGCCGGUUUAUCGCCAAGAUAUCCAAGAGGAUUGAAUAAUAUUCAAGCUAAAGAACCAAUCUUAAACAACUUUAGCAUGGCAUUUCAACAAAUUACAUCACAAACUGGUGCAAAAGUCAAAAUUGAUAAUUUUGAAAGCUCUAUAAUAGAAAUUCAAAAAGAUGAUUUAUCACCUUUCUUGGAAAAAUUAACUCUAAGCGGGUUAUUGUAA